AUGAGACUCCUUUUAGUACUAUUGGCACUAAUUUUUAGUGUUGUUAGUGCUCAACAAAAUACUUGCGCACAAUUAUGCAAAGAUAAUAAAGACAUGUGUUGUUCAUUAUCAAAAAAUAGUGAAUAUUUAUUAACAACACACAACAAAGAAGAAAAAACUCAAUCAUGUGGCGAUAAAUUCAAUUCAGAAGAUUAUUAUGUAGCAGGAUCAAACCGUUUUGGUUGUGGUAACUCUGUUACCAUUUGUAAGGUACAAUCAGAUGACUCAAAGAUUGAAAUUACUCCAAAUCGUAGAUUUGGUCAUCAUGGUGGUGGCGUUGCUGGCUCAAUUGCCAAUGCCGCUUCAUCAAUUUCUUCAGUUGCAAAUUCAGUCUCAUCAAUGACUAAUUCAGUUUCAUCAUUAGCAAAUUCAGUUUCAUCAUUAGCUGGUUCAAUGUCAUCAUCAGGUUCAUCAUCAUCAUCAGGUUCAUCAGGUUCAUCAUCAUCAUCAUCAGGUUCAUCAGGUGGUGGUUCAUCAGGUGGUGGUUCAGGUGGCGGUGGUGGUGGUUCAGGUUUAGUUGUUGGUAAAGAACGUAGAUUUGGUAAACAUGGUGGUGGUGGUAUUGCAGGUUCAAUGAAUUCAGCUGCAACCUCUUUAUCAUCAUUAGCAUCAGAUGUUUCUUCAGUUGCAUCUGUUGUAUCAUCACUUUCAAGUUCAUCAUCAGCUGAUGCUGGUUCAUCAGGUGCCCAAGGUAGUGGUUCAACCAGUGGUGAUGGUAAUGCUCCACCAGGUUCAACUGGUGGUACAGGUGGUUCAUCUGGUUCAUCAGGUGGUGGUUCUGGUGGCGGUGGUGGUGGUUCUGGAUUAGUUGUUGGAGAACGUAAAUUUGGUCAUCACGGUGGUGGUGGUGUUGCUGGUUCAAUUGCCAACGCCGCUUCAUCAAUUGCCUCUGUUGCAAAUUCAGUCUCAUCAAUGACAAAUUCAGUUUCAUCAUUAGCUAACUCAGUUUCAUCAUUAGCUGGUUCAAUGUCAUCUUCAGGUUCAUCAAGUUCAUCAGGUUCAUCAGGUUCAUCAUCAUCAUCUUCAUCUUCAGGUUCAUCAGGUGGUAGCUCAGGUGGUGGUUCAUCAGGUGGUGGUUCAGGUGGUGGCGGUGGUGGUUCUGGAUUAGUUGUUGGAGAACGUAAAUUUGGUCAUCACGGUGGUGGUGGUGUUGCUGGUUCAAUCGCUAAUGCCGCUUCAUCAAUUGCCUCUGUUGCAAAUUCAGUCUCAUCAAUGACCAAUUCAGUUUCAUCAUUAGCUAACUCAGUUUCAUCAUUAGCUGGUUCAUCAUCAUCAUCAGGUUCAUCAGGUUCAUCAUCAUCAUCAUCAUCAUCAGGUUCAUCAGGUGGUUCAUCAGGUGGUUCAUCAGGUGGCGGUGGUGGUUCAGGUGAAUUAUUAUCACAAAACCAAGUUUUCGCUACUUGUGUUAGAGUUAUUUCAACCAAUGUUGGACCAAAUGUUGAUAUUGAAGAUAAAAUUGGUAAACCAAUUAUGGAUGCAUCAACAAAAGUUUGCGAGGAUCUCUUUGGAUCACCAUAUUGUCAAUGGACCGAUAACCAUAUUGUUACUGCUGUUUCAAGCAAAUUAGAUGAUGGUUUCCCAACUCAAGGUGCAUUCAAUGUUACUCGUUCUCAAUACGGUUACAUCAUGGAAAAUGGCCAUUAUUUAAAUAAUAAAGGAAACUCUGUUAGAAUUAAUUAA